AUGAUUCAAUAUAGUGGAGAUUCCUACUCCCAAACCGGUUUCUCGAUCACCGGUACCAAACCUUCAGUCUCGAAUCCAAUCGGCAACCCCGCUUUCCCAGGUUAUACUACUACCUCAAAUGGGAACAAUUGGAUAACCUACCUCCUGCACCCCUCCUCCGCCUCCACCUUGCUGAACUAUAACCUCGCCUCCGGCGGCGCCACCACCGACGCUUCGCUCAACCUAUCCCCUCUCCCCUCCAACUCUCUAACCGCAUCAAACACCCUCAUCGGUAUCUGGAUCGGCGUCAACGACGUCGGGAACGCGUGGUCCAACGCCAACUGGCCAACCCUCUCCCAAAAAAUCAUCGAUCAAUACUUCACCCAAGUGCAAGAACUUUAUGCCUCCGGAGUUCGGAACUUUUUAUUCUUGACUGUGCCCCCGAUUCAGAAGACGCCAGCGGCAAUGGCGCAACCGAACUUUACGCAAUCAACAGAAGGCGCUGCUGUUGGAGAUUAUAAUAAAUUGUUGGUGAAAGCGGUGGAUUAUUUCAAGGCGAAGAAUGAGGGUGUGACGACUUGGGUGUAUGAUACUGGAGAUGCGUUUAAUACGGCGAUUGCGAGUCCGAAGACGUAUGGGGCGAAGGAUGCGAGUUGUUAUAAUGGCGAUGGAACUAGUUGUCUUUGGUUUAAUGGUUAUCAUCCAGGGCAGGCGAUUCAUAAGUUGGUGGCUGCGGGGGUGGCUGCGUUGGUUGGACUUUGA